AAAAUAAAUGAAAUAAACAUUAAACUCCUGAAAGUAAUUAUUAUAUAUUUUUCUGUGAUAACAAAUUAAAAAUUCUCCAAAAUUCUGAUGGAUAAUCAAAAUUCUGGAGCAACUGGACCGAGCCUGAGUCAGUAUUUCGCAAAUGAUCCACCAAGUUUCUUUGAUGAAUUAGCUCCAAAGGAGAAGCAUCAGAAGAAUGAAAAUGUAUCUAUAAUGUCUGCAACAUUCAAUGGAGCAUUUAAGCAACCUGAAUAUAUUGAAACUGGUGAUAUCGAAGAUGAUCUCAAAGUUCCCGAUGAAGUGCGCAAUUUCUGGGAGCCUCCUUUUACCGAACCUGGUAUUCCGCCACAUCUGACAAUGCCUGGUGUCAUGUCACCCAAUGAUUUGUCAGAUCCAAUUAGAGAAGCUGUCCUCAUUCACUUGGGAGAGUCUGAGCUGUCACAGAGGAAGAUCUUGCGGGCCGAUGAUGUUACACAAGACGAGCGAGGAUUGAGGAAUCUCAUUGUCGCUGGAUGCUACCGCUCGGCAGUAAACUUAACCGGCAGACUGUUGACUAUUUAUGGACAAGGUUACGGACGUGUCGGACAGCCAGCCAAGAACACUCCCCAUUCACUUCAACUGUGGUUCACAAGGUUGUCACUUCUAGCAAAGCUAGGACAGUACGAACUUUUACAAUCCGAAGCUGAAGCAUUCGACCAUCUCACUCGUCCGGACGUCUACUAUGAAUUCCAUCCAGAUAUGUACAGUGGGAAGAAAGGUUCGAUGGCAUGUUUUUCAUUCCGCUUGCUUCUAGCCGAGCUUCCAGUAUAUUUUGGCAACGCCCCGGAAGCUCUGGACAAACUGUCCGAGCUCCAUGCCAUUUGUAACGAAAUAAAAAAGUAUUUCAGCGAUGACAGCACUGCCUGUGCGUUCUGGAGAAGAAGAGAAAUGAGAGUUCUACAUUCGAUUGUUAACUGUGCUAUUAUGAUGCGCAAGUUUAACCUAAUUGAUGAUAUAAUUCGAGGAAUGAUCCUGGAGGAGACGACUCUAACCAGAGAGGAGCGAAGGUCACUGUUUUCCGCUUGGGGAAGAAUCUAUUUGCAAAUUGGUGAUAUAUUUGGAGCUGAGCAGAAAUUUGCAGAAUCGAGACGUCUUAAAGAAACCAUUUCUUCACCUGAUCUUCGUGACUUCGUCGAUAAGGGGUUAAUAGCUGUUGCAAAGAAUGACUUCCAAGAAGCCUAUUUGCUCUUCCAGAAAGCUCUUCAAAUCGAAUCUGGAAAUACUAUGAUUCUAAAUAACAUGGGAGUCUGUCUACUCUACGGUGGCAAACUGAAAGAUGCCAUCAAUCUCUUUGAACGUGCAAUAAAUUUGAAUCCACAAAAGUCACUAAAUGAAAGUUUGCUGGUGAACUUGUCGACUUUGUACGAAUUGGAAUCAUAUAAUUCAGCAAAUAAGAAGUUGAAUCUUUUGAAAUUGGUUAACAAAUUUAAGCCAGAUUUGAAUAUAAGUUUAGAGUUUUGUUUAAAAUUACAAGGCUCUUAGGUUUGUUAAUAAGCAAAGGCAAGGUCAAUGGGUACUGUUUAAGAAAUCAAAUAAAAAAGCUUUUAAAAAUCAAACACACAAA